AUGAUCCACAUGUGGGUGGCUGUCCGCGAGUCUGGUUCAGGUGAAAACUUUCCAAUGCGUGAUCUAUCAUUCAUCACAAUAAAAACAGAUACUGCAAUGAACUGUUCAGAUUUUCUUUCUAAAGCAAAAAACGUUGUAGGACCUAUAUUUAUGAAUGAUAGUUAUCCUGAAAAGAGCUUGGAAAAACCAGAAUCCCUGGAAAAACCAGUAAAGGGUCUCGUUAACUACAACAUACGAAUCUUUAGCGCGCUACGUUUUUGUACAUACUAG